GAAGAUGGGUGACUACGACUAUCUCAUCAAAUUUCUCGCGCUCGGCGAUUCGGGAGUCGGAAAAACGUCGUUUUUGCAUCGUUACACGGAUAACACGUUCACCGGACAAUUCAUUUCCACUGUUGGAAUUGAUUUUAAAGAGAAAAAAGUGGUCUACAAGAGUUCACGUGGCGGAUUCGGUGGUCGUGGUCAACGAGUUUUACUUCAGUUAUGGGACACUGCCGGACAAGAGAGAUUCCGUUCUCUAACAACAGCGUUCUUCCGAGAUGCAAUGGGAUUUAUAUUGAUCUUCGAUAUUACAAAUGAGCAAUCAUUUCUCAAUAUUCGAGACUGGCUAUCACAAUUGAAGGUACAUGCCUAUUGCGAGCAACCUGACAUUAUCAUAUGCGGUAACAAAGCAGACCUCGAAAAUCGGCGUCAAGUCAGUACCGCCCGUGCAAAGCAGCUGGCUGAUCAAUUGGGGCUGCCGUACUUCGAGACGUCCGCCUGCACAUCUACCAAUGUGGAGAAAUCUGUGGAUUGUCUACUCGAUUUGGUUAUGCAAAGAAUUCAACAAUCUGUUGAGACGUCGUCUCUUCCGUUGUCAGAAUGCCGCGGAGUCAGCUUGGACGGAGACCCAUCGGCCGCUUCUUCCUAUUGUGCAAAUUGCUGAUUAUCGAUUUUAAGGUCUUCUAACAAAAUGAAAUAGAUAGAAUUUUAUGAUUUUGCAUAAUAAUCCCUCGUUUUUUUUCCUUUUUUUCCUUAAUUUUUAGUGAUUUUUUCCCAAUUAAAUUUCUAAGCAGAGACUUUAUUUAUAUAUUUUUUCCAAUUUUUCUUUUCUCUCAACACACACCCUGUCCUCAUAUCGUCUAAAGCUUUUUAUUGAUAAAUUUGACGUUUUUCCUUUAAAAAAAUUCCGCCUAAACUUAUCGCCGAUCUCUUUGUAUCGAUUUUGUAAAAAAAAUUUUAAUGAAAAUAAAUAAUUUAAAUUAA